AGGCAAUUGUUUUUCGUAAACAAAAGUCACCACCUCACCGAAUCCCCAAUUCCUUCCCCUUUUCCUUUCCCUCACGAAGAAACCCACACGAAGGAGGAUCUCUCUGUCUCGAUCUUUUGUGAAAUCAGAAGUUUCGCAGAUGGCGUCGAAGCGGAUCUUGAAGGAGCUCAAGGAUUUGCAGAAAGAUCCUCCUACUUCUUGCAGCGCCGGCCCCGUUGCCGAAGACAUGUUUCACUGGCAAGCAACAAUUAUGGGUCCUCCAGACAGUCCUUAUGCUGGGGGUGUUUUCCUAGUAACUAUCCAUUUUCCUCCAGAUUAUCCCUUUAAGCCACCAAAGGUAGCAUUCAGAACAAAGGUGUUUCACCCAAAUAUAAACAGCAAUGGGAGCAUUUGCCUUGACAUCUUGAAGGAGCAGUGGAGCCCUGCCCUAACCAUUUCCAAGGUUUUGCUUUCAAUUUGUUCGCUGUUGACGGACCCAAAUCCAGAUGAUCCUUUGGUGCCAGAGAUUGCUCACAUGUAUAAGACAGACAGGAACAAAUAUGAAACAACUGCAAGGAGCUGGACCCAGAAAUAUGCCAUGGGCUAAGAAAGCUGUGGUAUGUGGGGGAGGGGACUUUUGUUUUUACCAUGUUUCCGCAUAUGUAUCAAUGUUUGUUGUCUCUCUAUCCUAAAUUGAACCAAAGAAAGAGGUUCAUAACAUGUCGUCAUUCAAAGAUGAAAGAAACACAUAUGUUCCUGUCUUGUUUGUAUGGAUAAUUUGAUCUUUAGAACAAUGGAAUGUGUCCGUAUUAACAUUGUUA